AUGAAGCGGCCAGGGGGUGAGCUCAUGGGAAUGCCCGCCGCCAAAGCACCGCAGCAGCCUGUUGGCAUGUGCGUCAAGAUGCUGAUGUCGCCGAAGGAAGGAGCUGCCAUCAUCGGACCCUCUGGCUCUCACAGCAAGCAGAUCUCCGAGAUGACGGGAUCCAGGUUGCAUCUGAGCAGCAAGGGCGAGUACUACCCGGGCACUCAGCUGCAGGAGAUGUUCGUGAAGGGCCCUUCUGCAGACAGCGUCUCAAACUGCGUCCUGCAGGUGCUCAGUAAGCUUCAGGAGGAGACCGGCAGGAUCAGCGGAGGCGAGUUCGAGGUGGAGGAGGGCGGCGCUCGGGUCCACUUCGUCCUGCCUGUGCCGGCCAUCCGCGCACUCAUCGGCAAGUCCGGCGAAAACAUCAAGGAUCUUAGGAUGAACUCCGGCAUGAAAAUCCAUGUGGAGGACAUCGUCAUCGGCACCCAGGAGAUGGCGGAGCAGGUCGUUUCCUGCGCUGGGAACAUAGCAGGUCUCAAUACGGUCGUGCCUAUAAUGGUCGACAAGGUCAACGAAGCGGCGGUUCCACAGCCUUGGUUCCAGCGAUGGGCCUUCGACCAGAAGGCUUGCCCGAACGGCAAUGCGAACUUUGCGGGCUACGGGAAAGGGAAGGGAAAGGACAGCUACGGCAUGAGCGGCGGCUAUGGUGGUGGAUAUGGUGGGGGCAUGGGUGGAGGUUAUGGCGGAGGUGGCUACGGUGGUGGCAUGAGUUAUGGAGGCUACGGUGCGAAGGGCUGCAGCGGUGGCAAGUCCUUCGGCGGGAAGGCCGCUGGCUACGGCGGCAAGGGAUAUGGGGCCGUCGGGCCCGCGGCUGGUGCCAUCAGCUAUGCCGGUGCCGGCAAAGGUCAGAGCUAUGGCGCAGGCAAAGGAUUCGCCACUUCAGCGCACGUGGCAAACCCUGCGACUGGGGGUGGCGCGAGCGUGGAUAUGCUAUCAGCUGCCGUGUCGGCGGUCCCCGACCGGCUCGCGGAUCCCGCAGACAGAUCUCAGAUGCUCCAGUGCUCCUGCCCAUCGCACCUGGUCGCCGGUGUGGUGGGCAAAAAUGGCACAGGACUGCAGGAGAUCGGAGCUGCGACGGGCACGGACGUGGACGUGCGGGAUACGGAGGGUGUCUCACCCGACAAAGCUAUCAUCAUCAGCGGCGGCGCGAUCGGCUGCGUUUCUGCCUACCUGCAUGUGAUCUCCCGCAUGGCGACCCUGCAAGAGAUGAUGGGCUCCGGUGGCGGUGGCCUGAGCUUGGAAGAUGGGUCUGCCGGAGCUGGGGCGGAGCCAUACGAUCCGUCCCAGGCGGACACCUCCAAUUUCUUGUGA